GGAAAUUUCAAAACGGAAUUGUAGCAGAGUUUUUAAUAACGUUUUAAAUUGGGUUACUCUGUGCGCGAUGCUUGACAAGUAUUCGACAAGUGGUGUACUGGUUAGGUACUUGGCAAGUACCGAGUAUGGGGAUGGAGAGGUGCGCACCACUCGGCAAUCUACUUGUACUUGCAGUUAUGGAGUGGUCCAACGAUACGGUAAUGCGAUUUCUGGACAUUUAUGAAAACGAAUCCAUAGUCUGGGACCCCUCGCACGCACAUCACAAAAAUAGAAACGAAGUGCACGACGCUUGGAGACGGAUCCAGGCCGAUUUUGGAGAGAACAUCUCCAUAACAGAUUUAAAGAAGAAAAAAGAUUCUUUGAUGGCGACGUUCAGGAAUUGUCUGUACAAAAUCAAGCAGACCGCAAGGACAAGUACCAGCAAUGAGAUAGUAUACAAACCAAGCUGGUUUGCAUAUCCGAAGAUGGCAAGCUUUCUAAUACACAACGACACUAAUAAAUAUACAAUGAAUGCAGAUAAUAUGGAAUUAGUUUAUGUUGAUGAGGAGAGCGAACCAGAGGAGAAAGUACACACAGAUGAAUUUGUUAGUAUAUUAAGAACAGAACAACUUUCACCUGUAAACACACCUAAAAUGCAUUUUGAGCCUCAAAGGAAGAAGAAAAAAGAUGAUAUUUUCUAUGAUAAACUGAACAAAAAUUUGCACCUGAAGGAAAAGGAUGAAUGUGAACUGUUCGGUGAGCUGACAGCGAUAAGGCUCAGGAAAAUGGAUCAUAAUCAAAGAGAAUAUGUAAUGCAUGAAAUUGAAAAUGUCAUGUACAAAUGUGAUGGUAAAUCGGCAACCAUGUCUGUUUUAGCUUACCUACAAAAUAAAAAAAUGAAUGAAAAAUAA